GUGCUCCUCAAACGUUCAUUCCGAUCAGAACGUUUGCUUGGCAUUUCACGAAUGCUGGUUUGCGGGGAAUAUCCCUAUUUUUGGACAUUCCGGUAAAAGAAAACGACUGAAGUAAAUUGAUAUCGAAACAGUGCACUUUUCCCAUCACGUUUGUUUGAUUCGUGCUUCUAAAUUCAAAUUUGAAAAGAUAGUUAUAAUGUUUUCAUCAAAGUAUACAUCAAAUUCAAAUUCAAAUUUGUCGUGUCAAUUGCAAGUGAGUCAGUUGCAGAUAUUGAAAUGGAGCAAGAAGAUUCAUUUUCAAAAGAAGAUUUCGCUGAUCUUCAAAAAUCAGUCAGUGAAAUUCAAAACGCCAUCAAGAAUUUGGAAAUUUCAAAAAAAAGGCGUGACUCACUUGAAGAUGACGGCGAAGAAAUCUUUCCGCUUGAAAACCUUGACGAAUUGCAGAUGUUGGAAAAUAGGUUGCAAAAAGACAACGAUUUUCGAAAAAAUCUGAUUCGCUCUCUGUCACGAAUCGGUGGUACAACCGGAACGGGUAAAUACCGCAAAGUUGCCGAUUACAUGAUGAAGCACUGUUUCGAUAUCAGUUUACUUCAGUCGUUUUCUUUUACCGGAAUGUCCAAAAAUAGGAAUAUUCCUCGCAGACCAGCAUUCGUGAAAUACCAGGCAACGGUUCGCCUCAUAUUCAAUGUCGUUUAUAGGGCGGACCGAUCAUACAGCUUCAUCAAGAACGAGGAGUACCUUCAAAACUAUUUUAAAUACGUUAGGGAAAAGGGGGUGAAACGCCGACGUUCAACUGAUGAAGAAGAGAUAUUCCAUGCCAAAGGGCAAAGGACAUCAAACAACGAAAUAUUUGUGGAAUCGCAGCGUGGCCAAAUCAUUUAAAUGGAACCUAAUCGAUGCUAGUAUCGAGGACACAACAAAUUUAUUUUCAGUAUUGAAAAUUAAAUUUACUCUGGACAGAAGAAGCCAGUCAUAUUGAAAAAAAACUCGACGGCUAUCAAAACUCCCAACUAUUAGAAUAUUCAAUUGUUUGCUUCAUUUUCCAUUGGUUUUAUUGUUUUUAACGUGUUUUUUAUAUAUCAAUUUGCGAUAAAAUAAGUUGAGUUUCCAAAAACAAUCAUCAGCCAGAAUAUCUGAAAUCAAGUAAUAAAUGAAUUUUAUGUCAAUAUAUACAAAUAAUGUGU